GUGAUGGUGAUGACGAGGUGAAAAUGGCGGAUCUUUCGAAAUACAAUCCCGGCCCCUGACAUACCAGAGGCGGCGGCAGCGGCGACGUCGCCGCCCGGGCUCCCUCCUCGGCCCCCGGGAACCCUGUAGCGCUCCAGCUUGGGCAAACUGGGAGAGGAAGCGGCUGGCCAGAGCUAUCGUGCACAGGGAAAACAAGCACCGCCCGCGCUCGGAAUUGCCCGGGACCUUCUGGAGCCCCCACCUCGGAGCCCGAGGGAGGAGAAAGCGGCAGCCUUUGGAGCGCCUGAUCAACUUUCUAGCAGGAGAACGAUCAUGGAGGUGGUGCCAGCUGAGGUGAAUAGUUUGCUUCCAGAGGAGAUAAUGGACACUGGUAUAACUUUAGUGGAUGAUGAUAGUAUUGAGGCUGUUAUUGUUUCAUCCCCAAUUCCCAUGGAGACAGAACUGGAAGAAAUUGUCAACAUAAAUUCUACUGGUGACUCUACAACCACGCCCAUUUCCACGGAACCAAUCACAGUAUACAGUAACCACACUAACCAAGUUACAGUGAAUACCACAAUUACUAAAGCAGAUUCUAAUACCACAGUGAAACCAGCUUUUCCAAGUGGCCUUCAAAAACUUGGUGCUCAGACUCCUGUGACUAUAUCAGCCAAUCAGAUUAUUUUAAACAAAGUAUCACAGACAUCUGAUCUUAAACUUGGCAAUCAGACCCUUAAACCAGAUGGACAGAAGUUAAUUUUAACAACUUUGGGCAAGUCUGGUUCACCAAUUGUUUUAGCAUUGCCCCAUAGCCAACUACCCCAGGCUCAGAAAGUUACAACUCAGGCCCAGUCAGGAGAUUCUAAGUUACCACCGCAGCAAAUUAAAGUAGUUACCAUUGGAGGGAGGCCAGAGGUGAAACCUGUCAUUGGUGUCUCAGCAUUGACCCCAGGAAGUCAACUGAUUAAUACUACAACUCAGCCCUCUGUGUUACAGACCCAACAGUUAAAAACAGUACAGAUUGCUAAGAAGCCUCGAACACCAACCUCUGGUCCAGUAAUCACGAAGCUGAUCUUUGCAAAACCAAUUAAUAGUAAAGCAGUUACAGGACAGACAACUCAAGUGUCACCACCAGUCAUUGCAGGUAGGGUUCUUUCACAGUCUACUCCUGGAACUCCAUCAAAGACCAUAACCAUAUCUGAAAGUGGUGUUAUUGGAUCAACUUUAAAUUCUACAACACAGACACCAAAUAAAAUAGCCAUCUCACCUUUGAAAUCGCCAAAUAAGGCAGUGAAAUCAGCUGUGCAGACCAUCACUGUUGGAGGAGUGAGCACACCACAAUUUAAGACAAUUAUUCCUCUGGCAACUGCUCCCAAUGUCCAGCAGAUUCAAGUGCCUGGAAGCAAGUUUCAUUAUGUCCGGCUUGUUACUGCCACGACAGCCAGUAGCUCAACACAACCAGUUAGUCAGAAUCCCAGUACAAACACUCAGCCUCUUCAGCAAGCAAAGCCAGUGGUUGUUAAUACAACCCCAGUGCGGAUGUCGGUUCCAUUUGUCCAAACUCAGGCUGUCAAACAAGUUGUUCCAAAACCAAUCAACCCAACUUCACAAAUAGUGACUACUAGCCAACCACAGCAACGGCUUAUCAUGCCUGCCACACCACUGCCACAGAUCCAGCCCAACCUCACUAACCUGCCACCGGGCACUGUCCUGGCACCAGCUCCAGGAACAGGAAAUGUGGGUUAUGCAGUGCUUCCAGCUCAGUAUGUUACUCAGCUACAGCAGUCUUCAUAUGUGUCUAUAGCAAGCAACUCUAACUUUACUGGAACAUCUGGUAUCCAGACUCAGGCAAGGCUCCCAUUCAAUGGCAUAAUCCCAUCAGAGUCUGCCAGUCGGCCCAGAAAGCCCUGUAAUUGUACAAAAUCGCUGUGUUUGAAAUUAUAUUGUGAUUGCUUUGCAAAUGGUGAAUUUUGCAAUAACUGCAAUUGUACUAAUUGUUAUAACAAUUUGGAACAUGAAAAUGAAAGGCAAAAAGCAAUAAAGGCAUGCCUUGACAGAAAUCCAGAAGCCUUUAAGCCUAAGAUAGGGAAAGGAAAGGAGGGAGAAUCAGAUCGACGUCAUAGCAAAGGAUGUAAUUGCAAGCGAUCAGGAUGUCUUAAAAACUACUGUGAAUGCUAUGAGGCAAAAAUAAUGUGUUCCUCGAUAUGCAAAUGUAUUGGCUGUAAAAAUUUUGAAGAAAGCCCAGAAAGAAAGACAUUGAUGCACUUGGCAGAUGCAGCUGAAGUAAGGGUACAGCAGCAAACAGCAGCAAAGACUAAGUUAUCCUCUCAAAUUUCAGACUUGCUUACUAGGCCAACACCAGCUUUGAAUAGCGGAGGAGGAAAAUUGCCAUUUACAUUUGUAACUAAGGAGGUAGCUGAAGCCACGUGUAAUUGCCUUCUUGCCCAGGCAGAGCAGGCAGACAAGAAAGGAAAAUCAAAGGCAGCAGCUGAACGGAUGAUACUUGAGGAAUUUGGAAGAUGUUUGAUGAGCGUCAUCAACUCUGCAGGAAAAGCAAAAAGUGACCCUUGUGCCAUGAAUUGCUAACUCUUGCACAAAGACUGAUAAAUGGAACUGUAUAUAAUAUUUAAGGUGCAGGGACACUUGAUUUUCUGGAAGUUUAACAAUUACUGUAUUUUAAUUCAGUCCUUGUUUUAAGAGAUCUAAAAUUAUAUUGAAAGAGAAGAAAUUUUAAAUGAGAAAAUUAGUACAUUUUAAAUCUUGGUUAAAUCUGCUUAUGUCCCCUCUAAAUUGAAUUUUUCUUUGUUGUGUUAUAUAGAUUUUUAAUUUGCUUGGGUUUCUUGAGAAUUAGCUGUUCUAACCUUCUGACUCUAUUGACAAAGAACAUUUAUAAAUUACUAUAAUAUAAUUUA